UCUCUGUCAGACGGCGGAGCGGUUGGAGGUUUUCAAUCUGUGGCGUGCACUCUGUUGGUGGAAGAGGUGCGGUUCGUACCAGCGUCUGCGUAUUAAACUUCACACGGAGAAACUGCAGAGAAAUGGCAGAGGCCCACCAGGCAGUGGCAUUCCAGUUCACCAUAACACCAGAGGGCAUCGAUCUGCAGCUGUCCUACCAGGCGCUGAACCAGAUCUACCUGUCUGGAGUACGAUCCUGGAAGAAGCGAGUCAGCCGCGUGAGGAACAGUCUGAUUAAAGGAGUGUACCCCGCCAGCCCGUCAUCCUGGCUCUUCGUUGCCAUAGGAAUCCUGGCCACCAUGUACAUGCAGUCGGAUCCCAGCAUGGGGCUCAUCACCAAGAUACAGCAGCACCUGCCGCUAAGUCUCCACAUGUCCCUCAGUGCCCAGGGCCAGACUAUGGUGUCAGCGCUGGUCUUCAGCACUCUGCUGUGGCUCUCCCUCAUCCUCGCCCUCAGGUUCUGCCUCAAACUGCUGCUGUCCUACCACCAGUGGAUGUUUGAAAAGCACGGCCGGAUGUCUAACACCACCAAAGUCUGGGUGCCUCUGGUGAGGUUGCUGUCAAGCAGGAAGCCUUUGCUGUACAGCUAUCAGUCGUCUCUACCUCACCUCCCCGUUCCAGCCAUCCAAGACACCGUGAGCAGGUACUUGGAGUCGGUGCGCCCUCUGCUGACGGACCCGGAGUUUAAACGCAUGUCAGACCUGGCCAAUGAGUUUGAGUCGAAUCUGGGGAACCGCCUCCAACGCUACCUGAAACUUAAAGCUCUGUGGGCCACCAACUAUGUGAGUGACUGGUGGGAGGAAUACGUCUAUUUAAGGAGCCGAGGUCCCAUAAUGGUCAACAGUAACUACUAUGGAAUGGAUUUUCUGUACGUGACACCAACCUCAGUGCAGGCGGCCAGGGCAGGGAACACGAUCACUGCCCUGCUGCUCUACCGCCGCAAGGUGAACCGGGAGGAACUGAAGCCGAGCCGCGUUCCGGGUACCGUCAUCCCCCUGUGUGCUGCUCAGUGUGAGAGGAUGUUCAACACAACGCGCACACCAGGAGUCGAGACUGAUGUGCUCCAGCACUGGCUAGACAGCGAGUUUGUAGCAGUGUACCACAGGGGGCGCUAUUUUCGCCUGUGGGUGUACCGGGCAGGCCGCCUGCUGUCCCCCAGGGAGAUUGAAGACCAGAUCCAGAGAAUCCUGGAUGACGCUUCACCCCCGCUUCCUGGAGAGGAGAAGCUAGGAGCUCUCACUGCUGGAGACAGAAUCCCUUGGGCUCAGAUGAGGAAGCAGUACUUCAGCUCUGGGGUCAACAAGAGAUCGCUGGAUAUCAUUGAGAGGGCGGCCUUCUUUGUAACCUUGGAUGAUGAGGAGCAAGGCAUGAGGGGAGAUGACCCAGAGGGGAACUUGGACAGCUACGCCAAGUCUCUGCUUCAUGGGAAAUGUUAUGACAGGUGGUUUGAUAAAUCCUUCUCCGUUGUGAUCUACAAGAAUGGGAAGAGUGGGCUGAAUGCAGAGCACUCCUGGGCUGAUGCACCAACUGUAGCGCACCUUUGGGAGUACACGCUGGCCACAGAUGCCUUCCAGCUAGGCUACACCGAGGACGGCCACUGUAAAGGUGAUGUGGAGCCUUCUCUACCCCAACCUCAGAGACUUGUCUGGAACAUCCCGGCAGAGGUUCAGGCUCAGGUCAGCAGCUCUCUAGCUGUUGCACAGGCGCUGGCAGAUGAUGUCGACUGUCACGUGUUUCCAUUCAGAGAGUUUGGCAAAGGACGAAUCAAGAAAUGCCGAGUCAGCCCAGACGCCUUCAUCCAGAUCAGCUUACAACUGGCAUACUACAGGGAUCGCGGUGGCUUUUGUCUGACUUACGAGGCAUCGAUGACCCGUCUGUUCAGGGAGGGCCGGACAGAGACUGUGCGCUCCUGCUCCAACGAGAGCUGUGCUUUCAUCACAGCUCUGGAGAGUGGAGAGACAGAGGAGGAAUGCAGACGCCUUUUCCAACUGGCUUCUGAGAGGCACCAGAACCUUUAUCGGAUGGCUAUGACUGGAGCAGGAAUCGACAGACAUCUCUUCUGCCUUUACGUAGUCUCCAAAUACUUGGGAGUGGAGUCGCCUUUCCUCAAAGAAGUUCUGUCUGAGCCUUGGCGUCUCUCCACCAGUCAGACUCCAGUUCAGCAGAUGAAUCUGUUCGACCUGAAGAACCACCCAGAUUUCAUCUCGCUUGGUGGGGGCUUUGGACCUGUCGCUGACGAUGGUUAUGGAGUUUCAUACAUCAUCGUGGGUGAAGAUAUGGUCAACUUCCACGUGUCUUCCAAAUACUCCUGCAGUCAGACUGACUCUCACAGGUUUGGAGUUCAGAUAAGUAAGGCUAUGCAGGACAUCAUGGCUCUUCUCUCAGCUGAUCCCAAAACCUCCUUGUCAUCCAAAGGCACAGGCCAGCCACAGCCCAAGAAGCUCCAGUAAAAACAAAAGCGAAGGAAAGUCAGAGCCAAACAACAGAGAGCUUGUUUCAGAGAUACAGAUCUUUUGUCUUCUGUGGUCUUUAGACAAAACAAACAUUUACAGCAGUCUUUCAAAGGCCAACAGAUUAACAUAACUACUGUUGUUGUUCUUUUUUUAAAACCUCCUACUCGGUGACAAAAGAUAAGCCACGACGCUCCCGUACCUCAUCCGUUCGGAAGCCUCUUGUGCAUCAGCACUAAACACACAAACGUUCUUGUAUUCUGAACUUUAAUAAUUCAACUUUUUAAAGUUUUCUGUCAGAAUAUGAAAAUCUGUGAUCAGCAAAAUAUGUAUUUAUGUUGGGAAAAAAUGGGGGCAGAUGUCAUCGCUCGAGGAGGAAAUAUUUGGAGGCAGAGAAAGUGAGACGAAUGUCCCUGAUAAUCAGCGGAAAGCAUUAAGACGCCCUUAAUCUCACUAAAAGUGAAGAGCGCACUGACACCAUUCAUUACAGCAUUAUGUUGGAGGUUACUGUGCAUGUUGGGCUUUGUUAAAGUCAGUGGACACAGCAAAGGUUGGUUUAUCAGCUGGGAGUGAUGGUUUCCAGUGAAAGUCUAGUCUCUGUAAACCUGGUCACUCGCUCUCCAGAUAAAAGCAGUACAUAAGCCUGAAUCAGUAAUUAACAAUUUAGUUUAAUUUUUAAAACCGGAGAGAGAACCGACUGUUCGGCCACAAAGCACAUCGCUUUAUAUGUGGGCGAGUUUUAGGGAAGCUUUGGGCAUCAAAGCCGCAUUUUAAAAUGAUUGUCACGUUUUAUUUUUUUAAAAUGCUGUUUUUAGUUUGUUUGCUAGCGUGUGGGCUUUUUCUUCACUUAUCUUGCUGGUGCUUAGCCACGCUCUGCUAAGGCUUGUUGAUACUUACAAAACACUGCUCAUAGUAGUGCAAGUAAGAGUCCUGCAUUCAAAGAUCUGCUCAAGUUCAAGUAUUAUCAGUAAAUGUGCUUUUGGAUAAAGGUGGUAAAAGUGUAAAGAAAGGGGGGAAAGCAAACGACAACUCAGACCUCCAGACAACAAGCUUCAAAUCAUUUCAAGCUUGAGGUUUGGCUCUCCUCACAUACACAGGCCAUCCAGCCCAAGAAGCUCGAGUAAAACGGCAAAGAAAAGUUAGACAAAUAUUCCUUUUAACUGUCCAGACACUGUCCAAAACACAGCUUAAGAAGACACUAACUGGCACUGAGUAAACAACGUGAGACAAGUUAUUUACCAGAGGCUUUGAACUUUUGGAUCAAAUGCGAUGUAACUAGAACAAACGUUAAAUGAGAAGUCUUUGGCCCAGCUGGAAGAUUUCGCGUCUGUUGUUCUUUCUUUAUCGGGGAAGUGCUGAGAGCACCAGAAACAGACUGCAAAGCAAGACAGAGUGAUGAGAAAACGCUGUGAAAUGACCGAAUGGGCGUCUCUGAUGGCUCACAACAUCAAGUUAGAGCUUUCAGGCUGUGUUCUGUCUGGGAUCCAGGGAUGUUAUUAAAAGUGCAGCAUUUUAAGAAGGGAACAGAACAAUGAUGUUCUUUGUGUCGUGUGCUUAGCGUAGCGAUUAAAAAGGUGAAUCUCGCUUUUGAUAAAUUUGUGCCGAUACUUCUGUAUUUUAGUAACAGUUGUUACAGGGGUUAUGGGAAGGGCAAGAUGGCAGCAUGUGAUCUACAGAUGUUGACAGCUGGGAAUACAGCUGUGUUUCUGUGUCUCGCUGCAUUCAUGUCACUAUACAAAGUUAUAUUUGUCGUCUGUUUGUGCCAGACAUGAUUUGUUCCUGCCAGCUGCUUGCCAUUUAAAGGCAGAGUGACAGAAGUACUAACAGCCCACUUGUUACAAUUUUCCACGGGACAUAAAGUGGAUCGUUCCCACAGAGCCUCUUCUCUGUAUUCAGGUGAAACUCUUUCAGUGCAUUUUUCUCCAAUUAGUACACUUCCUGCAGCAAACCUUGUAACGUGCCUUUUUGUUAUUAUUAACUGUUUCUUUCUUGGUUUUAAAUGCUUUGAGGUGU